AUGAGGAGUCUGGGCCACAAACCAACUGAUACUGAGCUGAAGGACCUCAUCAACGAAGUAGAUAAGGACGGAAAUGGCGUGAUCUGUUUCGACGAGUUUCUGGGCAUGAUGGCGAAGAAGGUGAAGCACUCGGACAGGGUGUCGGAGAUCAAGGAGGCAUUCAAGGUACUCGACAGGGACAACGACGGAUUCAUCACUGCACAGGAACUCAAGGCGGUGAUGGAGGGAUUGGGUGAGAGUGGGAGUGACGUAGCAGACAUGAUCAAAGAGGCCGACACAGACGGAGACGGGAGGGUGAACUACUCAGAGUUCCUGGCCAUGAUGACUGCCAACAAACCAGCCCAGUAGUGCUCAUCCAUUAUGAUACCAACUUAACGAUCAGUUAUACAUUAUAGCUCGUGCUAUGGAAAUAAAAACUAGAUUGUGUCACAUAUCAAGUUUGAAUUGAUGUUUGAGCAAAUUGAAAGUAACUGAUAUCAACUUCAUAUAUCGAAGUACUGUUUGAAUAAAAAAUUGUCUGGAAAUUAAUAUUUCCCAUUGAUGUUCAGAAGUAUCGGGACAAUUUGAUAUUUUUCCGGAUGCAGCUAGCUCAAAAGUCACAAAGCUCCGAAUUGUCCAAAUAGCCAUAAAGAACUUAUAGUGAUGAAAAAUUUGAUAGUUUUAAAAAGACCGAAAAACGUUUUAAGAAGUGGUUGAAAAACUUUGCAGCUGACAACGAAUUACGUGGACCGAAUACACAGCCACGGGUCAAAGAAGUUGCAAUUUUUCCUGCAUGAACAAAACUAUUACGAUGAUUUUAAGUCCACUAUAACAAGGUCAUGAUCAGAAAUGAAGUGAAUGUAUCUUUUUGAGCUCAACGAUAUUUUUAAAUUUCUGUUUAU